UCGCCAUGUUAGACAUCGGUCUCCCGAAGGCCUUGCUGAGAUUGUUAUGCUCCAAGGCAAUCUACUUAUGGGGGGAAGAUUAGAUCACGAUCGAUACAGAGAUUGGAGGCUUGAUGUCGAUAGCAUGUCUUAUGAGGAACUGCUGGAGCUUGGUGAUAAAAUUGGGUAUGUGAGUACUGGUUUAAGAGAAGAUGAGAUAGGCCAAUGUGUAAGGAAAACCAAACCCCCUCAUGUUCCAACCCAGAUGCAAUGGAAAUGCACCAUUUGUCAGGAGGAAUAUGAAGGUGAAGAUGAGAUUGGUAAGCUGGAAUGUGGCCAUUUCUAUCACAUGUACUGCAUAAAGCAAUGGUUGGUGCAAAAGAAAACCUGCCCCAUCUGUAAAGUGGUCGUCGAGUCUCAAAAUUAAUCGCGAUCUGUUCAUAGAAACUAUUAUAAUCGCGAUAAAAGAAAGAAACAUAAGUCGAUUCUUGGGUUUGUGUUACAUUUGUAUGUUUGGUUAACAUGAUUGAUACUACUACUGAAAAUUUGUUGAAUUUAAUGAAUGUUAUAUCAAGUGAUUUGCUGCCUUUGUGAA